CAGAAACUCCACGGUGGUUUCCAGGGAAACAGGAAAUCUGAAGGCUUCCAUAGACACAGCCACAGCUAAAGCCAGAGGCUUGCCGAAGAUAGAUUAUUCUAGAGACAAACCUGUAGCCGCUGCUAUCAGGCUCAACCAUCUAUCCCGAUUGCCAUGUGUCUUUUGUGAACACGAGGAUUUGCAGAUUACGUCUUAAAUCGUCUGGAGAAAAGAAAAUGAAGAGACUAAAGGCUGGCUUCCAUUGUUGAGGUCUCUGUCGGUCAGCGUUUGUGCGUGGGGAGAGAAUGGGCAGCCUCGAGGAUGAGAGCGGGAGACCUGUGAAGGACUGUCAGCACCGCGCCGGAGACACCGAUGAUGGAGAGCAUCUGGGCGGAGCAGACGCUCUCAGAGCUGGCCCACAGCCGUCUCCCACCAACACCGGCCAGCGCUCAGCCAGCCAAGAGGACCGCCGGCCACAAGUCCAGAAAGUGAACAUCCACGAGGAGGAGCCGGAGACCUCUGAAGCGGCAGUAGACCCUGCUGUGGCGGUAGACGGUGCGACUGUCGUCGUUCCUGCCGAGCCCCCUGCCGCCAUGACCCGCGUGGCAACCGACAGCUGCCCCCAUGUCGAGAGCGUCCCACUGGAGGUCGACCCGCCCGGCCCAGAUGACCCAGCCACGGAAGAUAAAGUGGUCGCCGCGUCCACCAGGUCGGCCACGUUGCCCUCUUGUGGUCCGACCGACAGCGAAACCAGAAACCGGAAACCAAAUACUCAGGAAGGACGCGCUGUGGCUGAAUCCCUCUCUGUGGACAAAACCACAGGAAAGGAGAAACCUGAGCAGGGAGGAGGAGAAGAAGCAGGGGGAGGAGGAGCAGGAGGAGGAGGAGCAGGAGGAGGAGGAGCAGGAGGAGGAGUUGAGGCCCCUCCUGUCCCACCGUCCCCUGCCCCUCCGGGCCAGCAGCACAUGCGCACCCAGGUGAGCCUGGAGGUGGUGCAGUGCCACUCGGUGGCUUGCAGCCCCAUGACGCCACCCGGAGGCGGCCACACGUUCGUGUUCCCAGAGGGAGCGCAGAGCAACGACGGCAAGGUGCAGGUGGAGUAUCGCUCCAUUGCCACGGCGCCUAUGACCCCGAGAACGCCUACCGCCUCGACCUACCCGGACGUGGUUAAAGGAGAGUCGGGGCGGGGGGAAGGGGAGGUCCGGAUGGGCAACAGGAGCCCAGAGAAGGGUCCGGCUCAGUUAGCCAGCUCACAAGUUACCGCCCAGCCACCAGGCCGGCCACAAACACACAGGAUCCCGAGCAUGGACCAGGACAUUACAAUCCUAGUGACGCAACAUGACAGCACGACAGAUUCACAGGAUGAAGAGGAUGAAGAGGAGGCCAAGGUCUCAGGCAGUGCUGUAGCUGGGCCGAUUGGGAAGAUCGAGGAGAAUGAGGACCAUAAGGCUGACGGGGAAGCCAUGGAGACCGGGGACAGGGUGGGAAAGGAACGUGUUGACAGUCAGGUGUCCACAGCCAACAGCCACACGGAGAAGAAAAGUCUGAAUGAACAUGUGCCCAACAAACCCAUCAGCAAUCUUCAACAGAGCAAAAUGCAAAUCGAGGGCCCUUCAAUCAUUUUCCGGGACAAAGGCCAUCCAGUCGAAAAGAGGACAUCAGAGUCUACGAUGGGAGCAACCAAAGAAGAAGCAAGUCUAGGCGCCAACCUCCCCGAAGGGGUCACCAAAGAAGCGGGCUCCCUGAAUAUGCCUGCGGUGCCCAACUCCCCGGCACCCUCGGGGUGCAGCAACAUGUACACCCAGGUCAGCCUGGAGGUGGUGCAGUGUCAGUCUGCAGCUACUAGCCCCAUGACUCCUCCCGAGGGGGGCAACGCCUUCAUCUUCCCCCCCUCUACCGCCACGAAACCGCAGGUAGAAUACCGCUCGAUCGCCACGGCGCCGAUGACACCGAGAACGCCCCUGGCUCCCGUAGGUUUCCCCACGAGAGCGACGGCAGAGCCGGAGGUGCAGAGGAUGCCAGAGAUGGGCACGGACAAGGGGAAAGGCAACGCCGGGGAAACGGUGGCCGAUGUGCACGAGGAGGGAGGUUCGUCGGUGGGGAACGGAGAGGUCGAAAUAGGCGAGGUGGAGGGUACUACGGGAGACGAGGGAAAGGAUGAGGGUACUAGUGGAGAGGCUGAGGCAGACGGUAGUGCUGGUAGAGAGGGAAAGGUGGAGGAUAAAUCAGGGGAAGAGGGAAAGAUGGAAGAUAUGACGGGAAAAGAGGGAAAGAUGGAUGGCAUGACAGUAAGAGAGGGUAAGGUGGAGGAUAAAUCGGGUGAAGAGGGAAAGGUGGAGGGUACUACUGGAGAGGCUGAGGCAGACGGUAGUACUGGAAGAGAGGGAAAGAUGGAUGGUAGAUCGGGAAAAGAGGGAAAGGUGGAGGUUAAAUCGGGAGACAAGGGAAAGAUGGAGGAUACAUUGGGGGAAAAGGGAAAGGGGGAAGAUACAUCGGGGAAAAAGGGAAAGGUGGAGGGUACAUCGGGGAAAAAGGGAAAGGUGGAGGGUACGCUGGGAGAAGAGGGAAAGGUGGAGGGUACUACAGUAAGAAAGUCUAAGCUGGAUUGUAGUACUGGAAGAGAGGGAAAGGUCGACGGCACGACAUCAGGGGAGGAGAGCGCUGAGAAUAACUGCAAGGAGGGCGUUGAGGAGGAGGAGAGCGAGGAGCCAGUGCAGGAGGUGAGCUGGGACGACAAGGGGAUGACCUGGGAGGUGUACGGGGCUGUGGUGGAGGUGGCCGUGCUGGGCUCGGCCAUCCAGAAGCACCUGGAGAAGCAGGUGAAGAAGCAGAAGCAGCCGUCGCUGCCCCCACCACCUCCGCUGGACCCGUCCGCUGUCCCGCUCCCCUGCCCCUCGCCCGGCACCACCACCACCUCCACCACCGCCACCUCCACCACCGCCGCCAGCGUCAACGCCACCACCGACCCCACGCAGGCGAGCUCCGGUAAGGGCCGCGCAGGGAUGAGAGGGGAGCGUGGCGUGAAGGAGGGCCGCCGCAGGAGGAACCCCUUCCGCCUGCUGCUGCGGAACAUGCAGCAGCCACGCUGCUGCUCCAGAGCCCAUAGUGCCGAGUGAGGGAGAGAGGGAGAGAG